AUCUCACGGCUGAUGCCUGCAGGACUCCUGGCUGCAGACCCGAGCAAGCCUCAAGUAGAGAGAUGAGCUCAGAUUUAGAGGAGGGCCCUAGCCAGGCGGUGCGCCGACCCACGGUCAAGCGUUCUGCGAAAUUGGCCCUUAGCGAGUCUGAGGAUGAAGGAAUCUCGCCAAAGGUCAACGGCCAUGUCAAACGAGCUCGACCAUCAACGGAACACCAGCGAAGAGAGAGUGAUUCCUCUGACUCAAGCGAAAGGAGAUCCAAGCCAGUCAUCAAUGGUCAUAAUAGAGCACAGAACGGCAGCCGGCGGCUGUCGCCAGACGAGAAUGGUGAAGAUGAUAAUCCGGAGGAUGAAGUGAUGGAUGAGGAUGCCGAAAGCGAAGACGACGGCCCACACCUUGGAUUUCGACCUGAAUAUGACAGAGAUGCUCAGGGCUUUGUCGCUGGCUCUAUCACUCGGAUCAUGAUGCGCAAUUUCAUGACCUACGAUUUUGUCGAGUUCAAACCUGGUCCCCAUCUCAAUAUGAUCCUGGGGCCCAAUGGGAGUGGAAAGAGCUCCAUAGCGGCCUGUAUAGCUGUCGGACUGGGGUUCCCGCCCGGGAUCAUCGGUCGAGCGAGUGAUCUCAAAGCUUUCGUCAAGCAGGGAGCCGAGGAGGCGGAGACGGAGAUCGAACUCAAGGGACGGACAGGAGAGCCAAAUGUCCAGAUCAGACGGAAAUUUAACCGCGAGGACAACAAGUCGGACUGGUUGAUGAAUGGUCGCGCUUCAACGCACAAAGCUGUCACAGAUGUGGUCACGUCUUUUGGUGUACAAGCGAACAAUCUAUGCUCCUUUCUGCCCCAGGACAAAGUCGCAGAGUUCGCCAAGAUGGCCCCUGUCACAGUCCUCAAGGAGACCAUGCGAGCCGCUGGAGAUCCCCGACUGACAAAGUGGCAUGAGACGCUCAAAGACAAGGGCGCCACGCUACAGAGCAUCGAAGAUGUCCAGGACAGAGACGUGGCAAAGAGAGACGAAUUGCAAAAGCAGGUGGAUCGGAUGGAGCCAGAUGUGAGAAAUCUGAGAGAAAGGGCAGAUCAACAACAACGACUCGAGGUCCUCAGAUUACUCGAGGUUGCAUCGGAGCACAAGUCAGCGGCAGACAGAUUUGAGGAGGUCGCCAAGGAGAGAAAGUCUGUUUUGAAGCAGCAGACUGAACUCAACAGACGUCGCGUGCCGCUCUUGGAAUUACAAGAGAAACAGGCUAAUCUCAAGGAGAAAGCUCAUGCUGCAGAGGUCAGGACCAACGAUGAACUCAAAGACUAUUCCAGAAAAUGUGCAGCGCAGAAACAAGCUGUAGACAACCACAAAUCGCCUUCAAAUUAUGAGACCGAUCUCAAGGCCUUGAACGAGAAGCUCAAGGAAGUCGCGAGGAGAAAAGAGGAAUUGCGGAGGAAGAUUCGCAAAGCUCAGGACAAGCUGGAUGAACCCAGAGUGGACAGCGCCGAGAAAAUCACCCAGCUUAUAGCCGAGAAGCGUAAAAUCGCUGCGAAAUUUCAAGAAGCACGCGAGGAACUGCAUGCUGUUGAGGAUCGACAAGAAGCCUUCCAGAGGGAGAUCAAGACCCUGAGCAACGAGAUUGACCAGCUCGAUGCCAGGCAGAAAGAGCUUGGCAGUAUCGAGCGACAGAGGGAGACCAUCGCCCGAGACUUUGACGGAUCGAUCAAUUACGCUUUAGACUGGAUCGAGAAAAACGCAAUGAAGCUAGAGGCCACGGUUCACAAACCGCCAAUGAUUUCAGUCAACGUGACUGACAAGGCUGUCGCGUGGCAGGUCGAGGCUUGUACGACUGUAGCUCAGCGAAGGUGUUUUAUCUGCGAAUCUAGGAAUGACUACAACACCCUACUCGAAUUGAAUAAUACCGAUUAUCCCGCUCGGCGAUCCUCCAACGGGACCCUGAUCCCUGCUGGCAAAGUCAGGUUGACUUUGCAGUACGUGGAAGUCAACGAUGAGUUGGUGAAUCCAACACGACCUUGUGACGUCCAAAAGCUUCAAGAGCUUGGGUUCACAGGGUGGGCUUUGGACUAUGUCGAAUGUGCUCCGGCCGUGCGAGCCUAUCUCGUCUUGGCGUCGCGCAUGCAUCAAGCAGCCAUUACCCGACUCCCUGGCGGUCGCAUCAACGCCAAUGCGGUCGCAGCGGCAGGCAUCCGCACGUGGGUCACAUCGACCGACGUCAAUCGUGCAUUGCAAUCACUGUACGGUCGUAAAGACUUCCAAAUCACCACGACACCGCCCAUCGCGCCGAAGGCCUUCAGUCACGCCGUUGAUGCUGAAGCAUUGAAGAAGAAUCAACGUGAGCUUGCGCAGAAGAAGCAAGAGAGGCAAGAUCGAGAGGGGCCCCUGCAUCAGCUCAAACAGGAGAUCGGAAAGGCGAGGGUGAAGAGCGAUAGUUUGACGGCUGACCAGCUACGACUAGAAGGGGAAAUCAAGAGCCUAAGGGAUGUAAGUUCCAGCUAUCAAAAGGCGGAAGCCGACAAAAAACUUUGCGAGCGGGAACUGCGUGAUCUCGAGGCCGAGCCCUCAGCGGAGGAACAACGACGCAAGGUCAAGACCGCGAAACUUCAGGGCGUGAAGAAAGUGUGGCGGACGGUGGCCACGGCGACUGAUGCACAUGAAGAGGCGCUGCAGGCGUGUCUGCAGCGGGGCAAGGCGUUGUGGUCACUAGCUCAAUACGAGCUCAACUGCAAUGAUAUUGAAAAACAAGUCACCGAAGGUAACGAGCAAGUCGCAGAGCUGAACGCUACACUGGACGAUUUAACGAAGAAAAAGGACACGCAUCGAGCGACGGCGAGCGCUCUCCUAUCCCGAUUCAACCAGAUGCUCGGAGCGGCACCCCGAGACGUCUACACUAAAGUCAGAGCGGACAUCGCGGUCCCGGCAGACAUUCCCGCCGUGUCAGCCAUCCAAGACGAGAUUGCCGAGAUUGAGAAUCGACUCGAGUUGACCUUGACUGUCGACCCCACACUGAUCGAGCGUUAUGAGCGGCUGUCAAACGAGCUGGCCAACAUCAAAGAUACCGUAGAGAGGCAGGAACAAGAGUCGAGAAUACUCAAGCGACAGAUCAAUAGAAUCCUGACCGACUUUGAUCCCGCUCUCGACACGCUUGUCGAUGUGGUCAGUCGGAAGUUCUCUGCUGCCUUUGAACGUGUUGGGUGCAGUGGAGAAGUCAAACUCAAUCGUGUCGAAGGAGAUUUCAGUGCUUGGGGGAUUCACAUCAUGGUGUCUUAUCGAGACGGUGAUAAUCUGCAGCAAUUGACGGGAACUCUUCAAUCCGGCGGAGAACGAUCUCUUGCCACUGUGACGUAUCUGAUGAGCCUGUCUGAGAUGGCUCGAACGCCGUUCUCUCUGGUGGACGAGAUCAACCAGGGGAUGGACCAGAAAGCCGAACGCAAUGUGCACAAUCAAUUGGUCGAAGUCACUUGCAAUUCGGAUACUGGGCAAUAUUUCCUCAUUACGCCCAAGCUGUUAACCGGACUGAAAUAUCAGCGCAAGAUGAAAAUAUUGAUUGUGAACAACGGGACAUGGCUGGCCGACUCUACAACCAAUCUCGACAAACGGUUCGGACACCUCAAGCAGUGUCUGCAAAAGUACAAACGAGUUCACGUUGCUGCGCAUUAGAGAGGUCUGUAAGGAUUAUUUUUGGGGAUAUGUGCUUGCAUUUCAGACGAAGUCUGCACAUUUGUAGUAUUUUACGACUAGUCAAUGCAUGAUAAUGAGAU